UGUGUUUUUAAUGGUUUCUUCAAAAAAACGAUUAUUAACUCAAAAAGAAAAAAUACAUUAAUAUUUUAUUAUUUGGGUUUUUGACUCGAAUUGAAGAGGCCAAUCGAGGCAAACCUAAUUGGGAGCACCUGAACGACAAACUCCAUGUGCUCAUCACUGUCGAGGACUCCAACAAUAGGGCGAACGUUAAGAUACAGCGGGCCAUCGACGAGAUCAAGAAACUUCUUAUACCAAUCACUGACGGCGAGGAUGAGCUAAAGAAGCGGCAACUCAUGGAACUGGCGAUCAUUAACGGCACUUAUCGGGACAGUACUCAACGAAAUAGCAUCGAGCAGUGUAUGCAAUUGGGUAUAGACGCGGAGCAGUUGAAGCAAUUGACACAUCAUAUACCAAUGUUGGCCACAACACCCAUGAGACACACGCAACACCCGAUCGGUGCGCCGCUGAUCAUCAGCUCCCGGCAGUUCACAGUGCCUACGAGUGCCGCCCAUCACAUGAAUGGCAGUGGUCUGCCGCCACUGAUAGCGCCCGAUAGCGGUAUUAUAUACAGCCCUUACGCCGACUUCCAUUCACAGUACGCUCAGGCGGCGGCCCUUUUGGCCGACUACCCGACCACACAUAGCGGCACAGCCGUCAUUGACUCCCUUACCUCAUCCGGUGGGUUUUUACGUUGA